AUGUCAAGUGCUUUUCCCAAUGGGCACAAGAUCAGUGACGGUGCAUAUGCACCCAGUAUUUUGAGCCCUGUUCUUGCAUCUCCCCAUAAAUUCCACCAUUUGCCUGAUGUACGCUGUUUGUGUUCAGGUGGUGGUUCUGCCCUGUUGCCCGCCCCUGUCCCGUCAGUCAGCCUACAGGAGAAGCAGAGUGUGACCAGGCUGCUGGCUGCCAGGGGGGCGACAAUCACCGAGCUGAACACUGUCAGGAAGAACCUGUCCACACUCAAGGGCGGCAAGUUAGCUCUGGCUGCCAAGCCUGCACAGGUCAUCAGUUUGAUCCUGUCAGACAUAGUCGGUGACCCCCUUGACCUGAUAGCCAGCGGUCCCACCGUCCCGGACUCCUCCACGCCGCAGGACGCCAUCAACGUCAUCCACAAGUACGACAUCCAGGACGCCAUCCCCCUGUCCGUCUGGAGCUACCUCACCAGGCAGUACCAAAGGAAGAGCAGCAAAAACCAGGACUUUUCACACGUCCAGAACGUCCUAGUCGGAAGCAACAACAUCGCAGUUAGCGCCGCAAAGUUGUGCGCAGAGAAGCUGGGGUAUAGGACUCUGGUCCAUUCCACUUGUCUUCAGGGGGAGGCCAGCACGGUAGGCGAGAUGUACGCAACCAUGGCCGCACUGCUGGUUAACGUGUUUAACGACAGGGAUAGGAUAAUUGAAAAAUCGCUCUUUAACUCCCUCCUGCAGAAGUACGGCGUGGAUGGUUCGUGCCUGAGGUCCGUGCUACAAGUUGCCGCAGAGGCUGAGAGCCAGAAAAAGCCGGUGUGUAUCAUAAGCGCGGGAGAAACUACUGUCACCCUGAGGGGGGACGGGAAAGGUGGGAGAAACCAGGAGAUGGCACUUGCCACUGCUGUAGCGAUGAGCAGGGACGGGAACCUCCGAUACGAGCGUCGCUCACAAGUGGUGUUCAUGAGCGCGGGAACCGAUGGACAGGAUGGGCCCACAGAUGCCGCCGGGGCAUUGGCCGAUCCAGGUCAGGUGACCAGGGCAGACGAACAGGGAUUGGCUGCCACAGAGUUCCUGGAGAACAAUGAUUCGUACAACUUCUACAAAAAUGUCGACAGAGGACAAGGCCUGGUUACAACCGGGCUGACUGGGACCAAUGUGAUGGACAUACAAAUUCUGACAGUCUGCAGUUCCUAUGAUUCUAACCUUUAAUGAAAGGGGGUUUCUAUUGUGCUAUAGUAUAGAUAUAAUAAUAAUACUAUGUAUAAUGAUAUACCAUACAUUUCUUAGUUUCCACAGGACAAAUGACUCAAUGUAGUCAUAUAGGUUAUGCAUAUGAAAGUAAGUUUAAAAGAAAAGCAGACUGGAAACCACUCGACUACUAUUAACAUUGUCAAAUCUGCUAAUAAAUUAAAUUA